UUUGCUCAGCAGUCAUGAAUGAACCAGUCAUAUCACUGAAGGAAUUGCUGUUUUGGUAAAUCUCGAUUUUCAUUUUAUGGGUUUCAAUUGAAGGGUGCUUUUCAAGUUUCAAUGCAUCAAUUUGAUUGUUAUAAUUUAGUGGGCGUGCUUAAUUUUUUAUUUUCCUAGAAUUUUUUUGUGAAUUUUUCGAUGGUAAUUAGUGGGUUGUUUUUAAUUUUUAUUUUUUUGCUUGAUUAAUCAUCACAGAUUGAGAAGGAAGCAAAUGGGUAAUGCUCCAUCAAUGCUUACCCAAUAUGAUAUUGAAGAAGUUCAAGAACACUGCAAUAAAUUGUUCAAUCAGCAAGAGAUAGUUUCUUUGUAUCAAAGAUUUUGUCAACUUGAUCGGACUGCCAAAGGUUUUAUUUCAUCUGAUGAAUUUAUGUCUGUGCCGGAGUUUGCAAUGAACCCUUUAGCUCAGAGGUUGCUGAAGAUGGUUGAUGGUUUAAAUUUUAAGGAUUUUGUUGCAUUCUUAUCUGCAUUUAGUGCCAAAGCAAGCAUUGAGCAGAAAGCUACCCGUAAGUUUUCGAUUUUGAUCUGAUAGAUUUAUGU